AUGACCUUGUCUGGUAUUCUCCAGCGCAUAGAGCUACCGCGUGGCUCGCGCUUCAUCAAUGACGAUGUCAGACCAGUUGGGACUGAGAGACGAACGUGGACGUUUCUUACGUUCCAUAACUUCUCACCAUUGAAUGGGAGGCUAAUUGGGGGGACGAAUGUAGGGCUGUUGAUUAACUGCAACAUUGCGACGUAUCUAACGGGCAGUGCCCUCAUCCCGCUGGGUUUGACGUGGUGGCAGGCCAUCAUCGCCAUUAUCCUGGGUAACAUACUCGCGACUGCUGCGCUGAUCCUGGCUUCGCUGGCGGGUGCUUAUUAUCACAUUGGCUUCCCCGUGUUUAGUCGGGCUGUCUGGGGAAUCUGGGGAUCUCAAUUCGUCAUCUGGAACCGCAUCUUCCUAUCACUCGGUAAGCAGCUUCUGUUCCCUCCUCCGGUAGAAACCUCAUUAACACCUUCAGUCUGGUAUGGCUUCCAGUCCUGGGUCGGCGGACAAUGCGUCUACCUCAUGCUCCUAUCGUGGGAUCCCUCCUUCGAGCAACACGUUCCCAACACGAUCCCCGCCUCGACCGGCAUGACGUCUGCGCAGUUCCUCUCGUACUUUAUCUUCUGCGUCGUCACGCUGCCUUUCCUCUGGAUCCGACCGCACCGCAUCCAGAACUUCUUCUACGUCGCCAGCUCCAUCACCCUGGUCUUCUUCCUCGUCCUGCUGAUAUGGGCCCUCGCGACCAUGGGCGACGACGGCUUCGGCGAUACCAUCAGCGAUAGCACGCCGCUUCCUACAACUGGUGGGCCGCAGAGCACAACCUGGCUGAUGAUCUCGGGCAUCAUGUCGACGAUUGGCGGUAUCGCGGCGGGCAUUCUUAACCAGAAUGACUAUGCGCGUCUUGCUCGCAAGCCAGGCGAUGCCAUUUGGGGACAGACCUUUGCUUUUCCCCUCUACAGCGUCGUUGCUUCUGUCAUUGGUAUCCUGGUCACGGCUGCUACUCAGAAGCGAAUGGGCGAACCUAUCUGGAACCCUCCUACACUCUUUGCCGCCAUGCUAGCCAAGGACCCUACCGCCGGUACACGAGCUGCAGUCUUCUUCGCCGGACUCGCCCUGUCCAUCUCGCAAAUGGGCAGCAAUCUCCCCGGCAAUGCGCUCGCGGGCGGAAUCGACCUGGCCUCUGUGUUCCCCAAGUACAUCAACAUCCGCCGCGGCGCGUACCUCAUGGCUCUCCUCAGCCCUGUGGUCAACCCCUGGCGGCUCGUCAACACAGCCACCAUCUUCCUUACCGUGCUGUCGGGAUACAGCGUUUUCCUGGCGCCCAUGACUGGUCUCAUGGUGGCCCACUACAAUCUGGUGGCAAAGGCAAAGGUCAACGUGGACGAUCUAUUUGUGGGUAAAAAGGAGAGCAUCUACUGGUACACCAUGGGCAUUAAUUGGCGCGCGUUCGUCGCGUGGACUGUUGGUGUUGCGCCCACAAUGCCUGGUUUCAUCGCUGCCGUCAAUCCGUCUGUGCAGAUCUCCAAUGGCGCAAUCAAUCUCUACCAGCUGAACUACCUCUUCGGGUUUGUCGUCAGCGCGUUUGUUUACUAUGCACUUCACAGGUUUGUUCCCGACGAGCGAUUCAAUGCGUUUAUCAAGGGAGGCGAUACUGCCAAGGAUAUGCAGCAGCUGUACGAAGAGCGCUGGGAUAUGACUUAUACCGACACUGAUGGCGAGCCUGGGAGCGAGUCGCAUUCGAUACAGCGCAACAAGGGGCCUGGAUCUGUGGCUACGUCUGUGUAA